GUAGUCACCUCCGAACGUAUACAUUAACCGCUGACAUCCUGCAGAUCACCGUUCCUCUACGCCGGUGGAAAAUUGCUUCCCCUCCAUAAAUGUCAUAAUUCCUAAUUCCUUCGUUUCCACGAUACAGCACCAUGAGAAGGCAUUACACCUCGACAGGCUCGAGAUAUGAUGCUUUCGAGGAACAAAGUCCUCUCGACCUCACUAGAGAUCCUGCAGACAACAUGCGGGAACUACUGCAUAACAUCACAAGCAAGAAUGAAAUGAGCACAACCAAACGAAUGGGCUACAUAAAUAACUUUACCAAGUUGAUCCAGAACUUUGACGAAAAGACAAAUUUUGGUUAUUGCAUGGAAGACAUCAUUAAAUGUUUACAAGUCCCAUUGACAAUGCCUGCCAAGGAAGUGCGCGCCGCUGGUGUGCGAGCUCUUCGACACCUGUUUAGCGACAAAACAACUUUUGAGAAAAUGCUCAAAGUCAGAAUGGACAUCUUCAUUAUCAGAUCCAUGGACAAUACUAUUGCCAAUGAGGUCGAGAGGAUCCAGGCCCUGCGGUUCAUUCGAAAGGUUGUUGCUGUGUGCCCCAAAUCCUGCCCCAUGUCAUUGGCCGUUUGCUUGGUGUCGACAGGAAGUGAUAAUUCCGAGGAGCCAGACAGAUUGAAAACAGCAUGUCUUGCUACUUUGUGUGAAUUAGCCAUCAAGAACUCUGCCCUAGCUUCAUACAGUGGUGGAAUCAAUGCCAUUAUCAGGAACGUGCUUGAUUGCCAAGUACCACGACUCAACGAGGCGCUCAUGGUGACCUUACUCUUUCUUCUGAAUAACUCGGACUCCAGGCCGUAUGUGCGCUCCGAUGUGGGGCUUGAGGGAGUUCUGGCUCCCUUUACAGAUCUUCAUUACAGACACAAUGCCGAUACCUCAGAAAAGCUUUUCAAGGAAGACAGAGAGGCAAGACUUCGUGCAAGUGAGAUGGCCAUCAUAGCUGUUUUCCGAUCAUGGUCAGGGAUAAUCAGUUUCUGCAAGCCAGAUGGAAAAGGACUGCAAUCUUUACUUGGAGUGUUCUGUCUUAACAACUCAGAAGUCAGGAGAGGGAUCAUGGAUAUCAUAUCUCAGAUUUUUAGAAUCAAGCAAGCAGUAUGGACGGAUGAUUUUAACAUUGCACUGAUGAGUGUGGACCCCUCUGUCAUGCAAGACACCUGGAGACUGCAGGAAAACUUUGUGGCACAAGAGGGAAAGGAUUUGCUUCCUCACAGGGCAACUGGGAGAACCAACCUUGUGAGUAACUACACAGCCCUAGUGCUUGCAGCAUUCAUGAAUGCAGGAUUGUUAGAGUGUCUGGUAGAAGUGAUCACCUCCUCUGAUUGCUUCAUCUCGGUUCAAGCCACAAUACUUCUUGGAGAGCUCUUGCAUCUGGCAAACACCCUACUUCCACCCGAGUGCAGUCGACACAGCCACUGUCUUCCAUCGCUGGUUAACACAGCCACAUCAUUUGAGGUGUCAGCUGCCGAGAGGGGGCGUGCGAGUGCUGCAGUGAACUGCCUGGACCGGUUACACCAGAUGAAGAAGAGAGAACCAGUACCAUGUAGUCUCUACCUAGAACAGAUUUUCAACCAGGCCAAUACUCUUGAGCCAAAAGUGAAACCAGACAAAUCACACAAAGAGCGCCUCCUACAGUGCCUCAGCAAGGACCCAGAGGACGCAGAUGUUGCUGCUAUCCGGGACACACAGGUGGCAACAGAAAAAGAUUUUCGCAAAUGGGACUGGGAGCUGAUAGGAGCCACUCUACAGUCACCCUCCUUGUCCUUAAAGAAACUGGAAGAGACCAACAACCAAAGGUUUAUCCGUAACCUGCUGUAUUUCUACAAGCCCAGUAGCCAGCAGUUCUGUACUGUCUCAAUCACUGAUAACAUGGCGAAGACAUACUCACGUGCUGGUCUGCUACUCAUAGACUUCCUUCUUGACACAGAUGAUGCCGCGGGAGACAUGAUUUUGAAAGAGCUGACACAAGAGAUAGGAGAGUGUCUGCUAGAGGUGCUGUCGCCUAACAUGACUGGGGUGCUGAGCAGCAGUAGCCUUCAAAACACCCUCAGCCGUGACUACAUCCUGUUUCUAGGAAGAAUUUCAUGUUCCAAGAACAGCACAUCAUCCAAGCUCCUAGAAAAGACAGAUAUUUACCAAUAUUUGUUAGAAAUGUGUUCGACUCCAGGGCAAGAAAACUUACUUAAGCUAAUAAUUGCCAGCCUGGACUACAAGGACACAGGAAUCUCUAGGAUCAUACUUUCCAAGCUUCUCACUGCAUCAAGUGUGUCCACCCGUCUUUACGCCACGAGCCACAUGCGGGUGCUACUCAGAUCAAAAGUGCUGUUCUUCAACAACUGGGGCAUGGAAUUCCUAGUUACUCAGCUCUAUGACACAGAGACCCAAGUGGCAAACGAGGCGGCUGAUGUGCUGGAUGAGGCCUGCGAGGAUGAGGCAAAUCUGCAGUAUUUAGUCCAGCUACGACCAGUUCUUCUGCAUCUCGGUGAGAGAGGAAUUCGUCUCAUGACAAGAUUUGUUGCAGUUGAGCGCGGCUUCACCUAUCUUCAGUCACUCGGUUACCUGCACGUGUUGCUUGAGCAGUGGAGGCAGAAAUUCUGUCGCGAGUAUGUGAGGUGGGUGGAGGAACUGCUGGCAGAGUCGCUAACAACAUACACCAAGGCUACAGACGAGGAGAGCUACGUACGGCGGUCAACACGAAGAAAAACUGUGAAGGACUGCUUCUUGCCACCACAUUUGUACGGCAAACUCGUUCAGAAGAAAAACGGAUUCAAGCUUCUUCAGAAAACGAAUGAUAUUGAGCUGUGCGUGAGAACGAUCCAAACACUUGAGCCAGACACGCGUGAGAAAGUCAUCGAGAUCAAAGCUGCGCUAUGGGCUCUGGGCCACUGCGGUUCGUCUAACUGGGGCAUCACCUUGCUCAUGGAGGAGGAUGUUAUUCCUGAUAUUGUCCGCAUGGCUGAGGAGAGUGAAAACUUCGCCAUCAGAGGUACGUGUUUCUAUGUCCUGGGCCUGAUAGCUAAGACUCGCCAGGGCGCUGAUAUCCUCCAAGACCUCGAAUGGGAGAGCAUUCGCCACAUGGGCGAAGAACAAUGGCCAGUACUCGACUCAAGGGACCAGAUCAUCCCUACAGCCGUCAACCCGCCCCUAACGCCGGCCUACACAGCAUUUAACCUUGGCAAGAUAACCGAGACCUCCGACUCGGGUAUUUAUACCGGUGAAGAGCCCAAGAAAGGGCCUGAUUCGUCGACUGCUUAUGAUGAGUUGAGUGGAAUCUACCUUGGCGAGGAGAAGACCACCACGAAGAAGCCUCCACGUGACGACAGGUCGGACAGUGGAGGGAUCUUGGCGCGAUGGUUCGAGGAGGCGGAGAGAAGGCGCAAGAUAGCUACACGUGAGAGUGGUUUGUAUGACGACGCGAGCGGCGUGUACCUCGGGGACGACAACAAGACGGCAUCCCAUCCGCUUAUAGAACCCGAAGGGCUGGUUCCUGGAGGGAUCAUGGCAAGACUGCUACAGGACUCAGGUCUGUCCAAGCCAGAUGCGGGAAAGAAGGAGUCAUCGCCCAAGUUGUCACACCGAAGAAAUCGCAGUGACGGUAACUUCAUCGCAAGCGGUCUCGUGCCCACCACUGACCUGAAGAGGAGAGCCGUCUCGAAUGUGGACCAAGUCAUGUCUGGGCAUGAGUUCAAGGCUGACGAUGAUGAUGUACUGGAAAUGAAGCACCGUCACUCACCGACGACGACAAGCUCUGAGUCUUUACACAUCGGGGCAAUGUUUAACAGCGCUAUGAAGUCCACUGCAGAAACGGAGCCAGAGGUAGCAAGGGCUGGUGACGAGAACGUUGUAGAGCUUACCAUCCCGGUAGGCCAUGUCCGGUCCAACAGCUCUGUGAGCAGCUGCUGUAGUGAGGGGAGUAUUGAGUACCAGGAAGUCAGUCAUAGUCGGCACAGCAGCAGCACAAGCGAGGCGACCUCCUACCAGAACAGCCCUGCUAACUACCCCGGCGACUUUGGCUCCGACGACACACAGGCAUCAGUGGCAAGGCCUAUCCCUGUGCAGGGGGAAAAGUUCGGGCCGGCAUUAUCAAGUGUUGCGAGUUCUAGCAGCACUCAAGAUAACGCACCUGCAGCAAGGUUAAGGACAAGCUACGAGAGUCCUCUCCCAAGCCCGCAACUACUACACCCGUCCCGCGGGACCGCGGGUGAGGCAGAACCACGUGACGUCACGCGCGUCAAGGAUGAGGGACAUCAGGUAGAGAGGAUCCUCCAGAGACAGCGGAGCAUCAGCCUGACGGAAAAGCGGCGCACCAAGUCGCCCACCUUGUCUCUGCUCUCCGAGAACCGCAGCUCCAGUUUCCACGGAAGCACAGAGUUCAGUAAGAUCUCUAGCAAGCGCUGCCACUCGUCUGACGAAGAUGGCUUGCCACGUGGGACAAAUAUCAGCGAUGACUUCAAGUUGCUAAGCAACAAUAGUCUUGCAGAGGUCAAGAUUCUUAGCGACAAGACCAUAGUGUUCAGAUCUGGCGCUGAGAAGGAGCGUUCAAUCAGCUUCGACAGCUCACACGUCAGCGACCUUCGUCGUGACCGACUCCUCGUGACCGGAUCACAGAGUGAGAAUGACCCGGACAGCUGGACCUUCAAGGGACGAAGCCGGACAGAAUCGUGUGAGAAGGCGGAGCUUGCGCGGCGGUUAGGCCUGAAAAGUGGCGACCUAACCCGGUCAUUUGGCCGGACGCGGGGCAUGAGUAGCGGAUAUGCAUCAGAUGGGUACAGGCGCAAGAAGGUCAUGAACAGGAACUCCCUGUUUUGGAAUAAUGAGAACAUCACCGUGAUUUCAGGGGAUUCUAAUAAAAACGCGCGAAACAUACUUGAUACUUCUGCGUUCACGAGUGCGCGCGAUGCGUCCGGCUACGUGGCAUUAAGCAGUCUGCGCAGACUCAGAAGCUUUGGGGGAGACCUGGAGGCGAGCUACGGCAGCACUUACAAGCCUUUGGCUGGAGGAUCUGGUGCGCAGUCCCCCUCUAUGGAAAUGCCCUACACACAGCCUCGUGACAGUCUCGGCAGCUCCUCCAGUAGUUAUGAGUUCCGUCAGCUGAGCUCAUCUGUGCAAAGCUCCUCAGCAAUCACUGAGUUCCUUGGUUUGUGUCUUCCCCUUAACCUGAGCGUCUUUUUCCAGGUUGAAGAUUAUGACUUCCAAGGAUCAUGGGCGGAUCACUUCAUUCCUGAUCCGCAGUGCCUGACCCUCCCCUCCCACCCUAUUGAGCCAGAUAACCUGCCCAUGCAGCAUGAUCCGAGCCGCUGUCUUGGCUGCAUCUACUCCAAGCGAUCCAAGUCAAUGAACGAGAGGCGCAAGUCAACUGACUCAGUCUCUGACCCAGAAAAGAUCUCCAUCUGUAGCUUGACUGUUGAUACCUCGUCAGGGGGGAGCAACUACACCAGUACUGAGGAGAGUUCAGCCCCUGCCGGCAAGGAAGGGGAGGGGGUUGAGGAAAAGAACCUGGAUGAGAGUUCACAGCACGGCAGGGCACAGAUCCGCAAGGAGGUUUUGCGACUUGUGGUGACCCUCAGUAGUGCGGUGGGUUCGAAGUCUCACCAGGAAGGAUUACUCAAACUAAAAGCCCGGUUUCCCCACAUCUUCCAAGACCUCUGUAUGCUGUGUGAAGUAGCUGAUCUGAUGAGUAUCUAUCAGUUCCGCUUGUCUAUCAGGAGGUUCAUCUUCACUAACAUAUUUGAUGAUGUCAUCUUCACUGAGAUCACAGACUAUGCUACAAAUAUAGCAAAUGGUGACAUAAGCUCAUCUGGAUGCUGAAACGAGGAAAUAGAAUGUUUAGUGCUACAAUAUGCAGACAGGAUAUAGGCCUUCAAUAAAAAGAUACAUCCAUGCUUGUAUUGCUUUACUUUGCAAAGCAUAGGCUGUAUGUAGUGACUUAAGCAACAUUUCUACGUAAAGGAUAAAAUUUGUGGAACACUGAUAGCUAGAUUGAGUAGAUAAGUAAGCAACAGUAUUUAUGAAAAUAGCAGUUAAAGAUGUAAUGAGGUCAGUUGUCAUAUACAGAGGAUAUCUAUAAUAGAAAAUACCAAUAAAAAUAAUUGCUGAAUUGAAA